AUGGCAUCACAAUAUAACGAGUCAGAAAAUGCUAAUUUCAAUCAUAUUAAUAAUGGACUUGAUAUGCCAAAAGAGCAACCAAUGAAAGUGGAAAGUAACGAUUGCUCAGUAGAACUUGCAACAUGUAAACCAAAAAAGUGUGUGGAAAAUUGCUCGGUGUUAUGUAAUGGAAAUUCUGUAGUUGAACAGCUAAUUGAUAUUAACAGUGAUUCACCAAUAGUUGGUCAAGAGAUGGCUACUAGCGAAGAUGAUUCUGAAAAUGAAGUGUUCCAUGCAAUACCUGUGAAAAAACAAAAUAACGAUGGGCUUAACUCAGUACCCAAGGAUGAUGAACCAUUGUUGAUUCUAACUGACGACCAUGCCAAAAAUUGUGAAGCAACUUCCGUAACAGUGAUACCACAGUUAUCUCUUCCAAAUGCUCUUCAAAACGAUGAUGUAUAUGCCAAGUUUUUUGCUGCACUUUUUCGAAAAUGAAUAUCAUGACGAGAAACAAUGUUUCCAUGACAGUAUACCGUUUCUUUUGGUUUAUGCAAAAAUUAUCAUGAUUCAAUUGCUAUUACAAGGGAAAUAUUAUCGACUUAACACUGUCUUUUUUUUUAA